GCUGCAGUUGGCUUGCCUGUUAUGGACGGGAAUGCUAACGGAAGAUGCUAAAGUGAACGCAUAAAUCGACCAGAGAACCCGUUUUAAGUUCGUAAAAAAGUGGGAACUGUACUCCAAUAAAGAGUGCUUUUCUUUGCUUUUGGAGAAUUGUGGCCCGUGUCCUGCUCCAGGGCCCCUAACGAGCCCACUUCUCAGCCGGCUUCCUGGGAGCUCGUCACUGACAGGAAGGCAGGCUGCUUCUUUGCAGUUAGCCCAGCUGAAGGCUCAGCUAGCAUUUACGCAGAUGAACAAUGUUUUCGCUGUGGGUGGCUGCGCUGCAACCUUAACAGCAAACCCAAACACACCUGCUCAGGGGUUACCUGGAAAACCACCUUCGCCCACUGCUGUGGCCAUUAAUCUCCUCAAUCUUCUGAAGAUUGCCAACACCAUGUCACAUCCCAGGUAUAAUCCCUUUGCCCCUGGUAACCAGAUGUCUCCCCAGGGGCCUUAUGGACCUUCCGGUGGACAAAUGCAGAGAGACCCUCAGAGGGGACUCCCUCAGCUUGGCGCUAGUUCAAACUUCAUCUCUUCUGGACCUUCUUCAAGCAAUCUUGGGCCCACCGGAGGACCUAUGCCAUCCCUUAUGUCUUUGCCAGCGAACUACAGGACUGAGAGGAAUAACAUAACAGUGGACGAAGACGUAGACAGAUGUCUGGACCUGAAUAUCAGCAGAGCCAGAGAAGAGGCAAAGCAAAACUCUGCCAACCAAAACUCCCAAUUUACCAAUCUUCAAAAAGACACGUUUCGUUCCUCAAACACAAGCCAGCCCUCAUAUCUGACUUCUACCCCCAUUCAGGAGAAGAGUUCCUUCACUGCGGACAGUGCUAGCAGCAGUCUGGACUGGUUGCCAAUCUGCCAAAGGGCUUCACAGAAAGAGCUGUCAAACACAUUUUCACCUGCUUCCUCCACCUUUCAGGGCAGUGGCAACAGUUGGUUCAGUACCUCCAGUAAUGAAAAACGUGAUGUGUCAUCCAUUCCAGGGUUGGGUGAAUACGCCAGGGGUACACCACCUCAGCCUACGCCUCCUUUGGAGAGUACUCGCCCCAAGUACAAUUCAGAAUCGGCUUCCAACAUCCUUCUGCACUUUGGUCUUGAACAGGAAGACUUGGAAAGCUUAAUCUCAUACCCAGAGGACCAGAUCACACCUGACAACCUGCCCUUUAUCUUAAGGCAGAUCCGACAAAAUAAGGAAAAGCGAGUCUCAGCUACAGUUCAGUCAAAACCCUACAGUGAAGCUCAGUCUAACAGAAGUAAGGGGGAAACGGACAAGUCGAUUACCUCCAGGGAGCCAGCAUUGACUCCAGAUCAGAUAUCAUCCGCGGUUCUUAAACCCAGUAAAGUUAUCGAUUAUGGACACACUGGCAAAUAUACCGCUCCAGUCGGAGACAAGGCCGGAAGAGCUAUGGGCAGUUCAGCGAGGACUGGUGCGAGUGGAAAUGUGCUACACAUGGAUGCUUUCAAAAGUAGCAGACAGCCACCUCAAAGAGGGAUGACGGAGCUGAAGACCCAAUCGCCUGUCUCGUCACGUGGCCUGGUGAGUUCUUCCUCCAGCGUUGACUCAUUGAGAACCUCUGUUGCUCCAUCCAGCAGUGAACCGGCUAAAAAUAUCCAAGUCCAAAUAAACCAGACCUCAAAAUCAAUCUUCCCAUCCUUCGCAUUGAACAAGGACAUUGGGAUGAGGCAACUCAAGUCAGAAGUCCCUCAAACUCCUCCGAAACAACCAGAACUGGCCUGCCAAGCUACUUCCAAAGCCCAGCCAUCCAACACAGCCUGUAAUUUAGUCCGUGGAGUUCACCCUGGGCGGCCUGGCCUCGUGCUUAUUAACAGAAAUGAUACUCAGAGCAACACUCAAGGUCAAGGCUUAAAGGUCCCUGAGCAGACGAACAAACUGCCUGAUCAGAUGCAGAAGACACAACAGCCGAAGCAACUGGCCCAACAGCGAGCGCCGCCGCCAACACUGCAGCAGCAGCAGCAGCCCCAGAUGCAUCAACAGCCAUUUCCACCAUUUAAACAAAUGCAACAGCCCACCCAACCCAGAGCCGUCCCUCCUGCAAAUACGACCCCGUCGGCUCUCAUCACAAUUCGCCCCGCCCCACCGAUGCCAGCGCCCGGCGCGAUGCACGCCAUGCCGCGUUUGCCAGCUCCAGCUUUCAAGGGCCAGACGUCAGUAGCGAAGACUGGUCCGUCCAAAGUCCUCCCAACGCCGGCCAUGAUGCAAGACUACGCUGCAGCAACACCAAGAAUAUUUCCUCAUACCUGUUGUCUUUGUAUGAAAGAAUGUACCAGUAUGAAGGACUGGCUCUCCCACCAGAACACCAGCCUUCAUCUGGAGAGCUGCAGACUGCUGAGAGGGCGAUACCCUGAUUGGGAUGGGAAUCCACUAGUUUCGUUGAGUCCUUCAGAUAAAGGUACCCAACCCUCGCCCACAUCCGUCGGCCAGAAGUUGCAGAACCGCCAGCAGAAGUCCACGCCUGAUACCGGUUCCCAUUCGCACAGCCCUCAGCGCCAGCGUGGAUCGGAAGAUAAAAGGGAAAAGCGGGUUAGCCGCUCACGAUCGCGCAGUCCACACCGCCGCUACGGAGCAGAGAGUAGAAGGCAGAAACGCAUCAGCCGUUCUCGAUCCCGUAGCCCACAGCGCCGUUACACCUCAGAAGGGCAAAGAGAGAGAAGAAGUAGCAAAUCGCCUUACGCCUCCAGACACUCUCGCAGGUCCCGCUCUCGGUCCUAUGAACGCCCCACCUCGUCUCGUCAGCGCUCGCGUUCAAGGAGCUAUGAGAGACGGUCCCCGCCCAGGAGGAGGGAGGCCAGGCGGUCCUCAGCGAGGAGAAGUGAGGAGAGGCGAAGUGAGGAGAGGCGAAGCCAUGAGAGGCGGUCACCUCCAGAGAGAUCAGAACCUCACCGUAAGAGGUCCAGCAGCGCAGACAUCCUGGCUAAGAGGCUUCUGGAAACAACAGCUGUUCAGUCUCUGUCCAGAAAAUCAGACCUGGAAGCCAUGGUUAAAACUCUGGCCCCCGCAUUGCUGGCUGAGCUGGCUAAGAUGAAGUCAUCCUCCUCUUCAAAGACGGAAAAGAAUACUCCUUCCUCUAAAUCAGCUAAAGCCUCAUCCAGCUGUCCAAAGAGCGAGAUAACCACUUCACCAAAACUGCCCUUACCCUUACCUCUGGACAAAGUGAGGCUGUCUAGUGUUUAUUCCUCACUUUCCUACAGUAUCAUCAUGGAAAGCUUGGAGAAAUUUGGAAAAGUCAAGGACUUGGUUUUAUUCAGAUCCACACUAGAAGCCAUCGUGCAUUUUGAGAAGAAGGAAGACGCCGAUAAACUGAGGAGCUUAAAAAGCUUCAAAGUGAAGGGAUUGCCCGUCUUUGUUGAAAACAACCCGACUGCUGCCACCAAGAAGCCUCCAACGAAGAAGGAGCAGAAACCGGCUUCCCAGAAAGAGUCUCCAGAACUCGCUGCAAAAUCCCCGGCUGAAAAAUCCCCGGCUGAAAAAUCCCCCCUGACUAAAAAAGUUCAAACACCUAAAUCAUCUGGGGCUACAAACCUCACAACAGGACAACCUCUCACUACAGGGAAGGGUGUCGCCCCCAAGCAGGUAAAAUCCAACACAGGUGGAAAAAAUGCUGGGACGUCUGUUCAAGUUAAAAAGAAGGGCCCAGCGGUGCAAAAACCCCAACGUCCAGUAAAUGUACCCCAAUCUGAUGAUCCUAAAGACAAAAUAACGACAAAACCUGAAAGUGAUGCAGCGAAACCUGCAGCUGCACCGAGCAAAGCAGCUGAAAUCGCGGAGGAGUCGGAUAAAACUGCUGAAAAAACUCAAGAGGAGAACAUAGCUGCUGAGCCUAUGGAUGCAGCUCCUGAAGCAGAACCAACACCAAACAUUGAGGAAGCUGGAACCCAACCAGACACCCUGACUGAAAAGGAGUCGGUACCUGAAUCUACAGCUUCUGAACAACCGCCUGUUGAUGCCGUAGCAGAAGGUGAAGAACAAAUCUCAGUUCCAGAGAACAUCACCAAAACUGUGGACACAGAAGGAGCUUCUAAACAGGAGCAGCCAGAAGAGUGUGAAAAAGGGGAACCGGAAAGAAUACAAAUUGAAAAUGUUGAACCUGAUAAAACUGAACCAGCAGAGCAAUUGGAGGUUAUUAGUUCUGCCGAGUCCAAAGACCAAGUUUCAGAAGCUUUGCAAAAACCAACAGAGUGUCAACCAGUAGCUGGCGUUAAAAGCCCACCCUCCAUGUCUCCAACUGAAACUGAUCCACCUGAGGUGCCUCAAACUUCAAUUAAAGUUGAAGAAAUGGCUGUGGAGGACCCGCCUCAGGUCCAGGAGUCGGAGAUCCCCACAGAGAAGAUAGAGACAAAAACUGAGCAACAGGAGUCAUCAGACAGGAUGGAGACAAAGCAGGAGGCCAUGUUAGAGACGGAUGCAGAAAGCCGUCCAGAACCAGAACCUGUGUGCAACAAUCAGGCUGUGAAGUCUGAUGAACCCAGACCUGCUGAAGCAAACCCUGCAGAUGCAGCAGAAACAGAAGCCGACGUUUCCUCCCCAACAGUCGUGGUGAAGAUGGAAAAGCAGGAGCCGCUAGAAGAAAUAAAAUGCACACCGAUGGAAACUGGCGCUUUGUCAAUGCCUCCUUCAGAAUAUUCUGCUAAUGAUGAACAACCUACGCUGCAAACCCCCGCCUCAGUUUCUCCAUCUCCAGUAGUCUCUACCGAACCCAACUCAUCACAUCCUGUCAAAGUAGAAUCAACAGUUUCAGACUCAAAGGCUGAAACACACUUAAAGGAGAAUGUUGCCCUCUCGACUGCGUCUCAAAAGCCCAUUAAGAAUACAGAGAAGAGGCGGUCACAAAGUACUCCAGUCAGCACUGCUUCAAAGAAAGCCACGCCUGCUCCUUCCACGACCACCAUGUCAGUCACAGAAUCUGGCAAAUCGGAGGAAGUUGCUGCUGAACUUCCUCAUAUCGAUGAAGAGAUUUUUAAGGCCCUCACCACAGCACUUCAAGAACACAGACUUAUCAAAAAAAAGACAAGCGAGGAAAAGGAGAGGGCUACAUUCAGAAGAACUGCCUCUGAAGGUGAUGAGGAGGAAAGGGCACCACUCACAAAGGAUGAAAGCCAAGAUGUGGAUGAUAGUUCUGAUUUUUAUGAUGAGCUUCCCUUCGACUUUGCAGACUUUGUGACUGUUGAUGAAAUUAAUGAAGAAAUGGAUGAAGUGGCUGUAGAAAGUUACUCCUCUUCAUUAGAGCCAACUACCUGGAGUGAAACAGAAGGUCAGACAAAUAAUGUGUCCUCUGAUAUUAGAAAACCCUCAAAGUCUUCAAAAGAAUCCAACUCAGCCUCUUCCUCAUCCAAGUCUGAAAAAGAGAAUAUAUCUCAGAGUUCCAGCUCUGUGUCUGCAAACAAACAAACAAACUCUGAAUCCAACAAAUCUGAAACCAAAACUUCACCUGCUAAUAGCUGUAAAGCUUCCACCAGUUCCAAAUCUGUAGAAACUCCUUCUACCUCUGGUCAGAAAGCUAAGUCAAACAAGAGAAAGAUUGUUAGCAAAUCAUCAGAACCCUCCUCAUCAGGUCAAAAUACCCGUUCAUCAGCAGCAGCCAUCAAAUCAUCUGUAGAAACUCAUCGGGUGCAUGAAAAGGAUUCAAAACCUGCAGAGAGUUCAGUAGCGAAGUCUGACCACACGGUGUCAGCAGAGAACUGUGCUGCAAAUAAUGUUGAGUCACAAUCGGAAAUAAAACCAUCAGAGAAGAAUCAGCUUACAGAGGGAGAAGCCUUACAAAUCCAGAAUCUGAAGACUGAUCCUAAGGAAAAAUCUGUCAAAGAGAUGAAGAAAGGCAAAGCGAAGGGUAAGAAGAUUGACACUAAUAUGAAAAAAACAGAGGAAAAGGGAGGUAACAAUAAUAGUAAACAAACCCUUGGUUCUGUCAGUGAAAAAUUCGAUCUGGAAAACAAGGAGGAUGACCAAGGAAAAAAGACUAAAACCCAAAUACCUGGACCAGAGAAGGACCAGACCAUUCAUCAAUGUGGUCUUGAGGUUGUGGAAGGGGCUGAUACUGCCAGGGCCCAGUUAGAUGAUAGCCAUGAAAUGGAAAUAGAUGUGUCUACCAAGCCGCAGGACAUUACACCUGUAGAGCAGGCAACUACAGCUGAUGAUGGAGAUGAAGGUCCCACAGUGAUGCAGGUGUCUGAAAGGGAUGAGGCUAAACAAAUCCACAGACCUCAAGAAUCAUCAGUCAGUGUUACAUCUGAUAGAGAUAAAGAAACAAGUGAGGACACCAAUCCAACUCCAAAUAGUGGUGGUGAUGCAUCAACCCUAAAGCCAAAGGAAGGAAUCCUUUUAUCAGAGAAAGUGUGUGAAACCUCCAAAGAGGAUGGUCAGAUAUCUAAUGAAGACCAGCCUCUUGAAACCGGUGCCAGCAAAGACACUUUAAAAGACCAGAAGCUUGUAGAUCCCACUGACCAACUGGCUAAAUCAGAGGACAAAUUACAGGAAGAGGUUUAUCGAGCCUUAGACUCAUCGGAAGAUCCUCCAACAAAAGCCACUGUAGAAUCUGAACCUGAGAAGAAAGAAGGAACAGAUAAAGAAAGAACAACCAGAUCUGGAGAUUACAGAACAAGAGAGAGUCGCUCAAGGAGCAGAACAUCUAAAAGUGAGGAAAAAGACAAACCAACUAAGCAACUGGACAAGGCAACGAAGAAGCCUACAACGAAAACAAGCAAGACGAAAAAAGAGGAAAUGAGUGUUAAAGAUUUGGAGGAGCCGGUCUAUGAGGUUUUGGACUCUAUUGAAGAUGAUGCUGUUCAAGAGGCCUCAACCAAUACAGGUCGGAGACGGUCAGCUAGAGGAAAGAAAACGGAUGAAAAGAUCUUAGCUCAGGUAGAAGAACCUAAAACGUCUGAGAAAGUAGAGGAAAUAUUCACAGUUUUAGACUCUGUGGAAGAUGAGAGACCUGAGGACAAAGCAGUGACAACAAGAUCUACUAGAGGAAGAAAAGAAAACGCAACCAAGAAGGUGGAAGAAAAUGCCAAAACAAGGGACAAUAAGACCCCGAGAAGACGCACACCAGCCAGAGAUUCCAAGGAAAAAGAGACAGAGAAAUCUACGAAAACAGAUGUUGGAGUUUCUUCGAAGGAAAGUACACCGACAAAGAUGAGCGACACAAGGCACAAAAGUGAAGAGAGCACUGCUCAUAAAACAUUGGGUGCUGUUAAGGAAGAGAUUGUCAAGAAACAAACCUCAAGGAGAGGAAGACCGAAGAAAGACAAUAACGCAACUAAACAACAAACAGCGGAUUUGAAAAAGGGUGACUCACCGAUCAACACUGUUGAAGAAGAUUCAUUUAAAAUUCUUGACUCUGUUGAGGAUGACCUAACUCGUCUAGACGAGUCUGUAAGUGCAACAAAAUCAGAUGUUCCUCAGUUGGACACAGCUAAGGAAUUAGUAGGGUUACCUUUAAAUGAGGAGGAAGAAGAGCCAAUUUACCAGGUUGUAGAUUCACUGGAAGAAGAGCAGUUCCAAGAUGGGCUGAUGACGGAAACAUCCAUGCAGAAGGAGAGCGAGACAAAGGACGAUAUGGUAAAGAAUACUGAUCACUUACCGUCUGGUAGCUCAACUGUAGAACUAUCAGAACAAACUGGUGGACAGGAGAACACGCUGCUGCAGUCACCCGACAAACCAUCGGAAGUUAAAGAGGAUCCAUCUGUUAAAAAACCUGAAACCAAGAAGAAGGGAAUUACAUCAAAAGCAGAUGUUCAGAAAGUAGACAGGCCACCUUUAAAUAAGCCGGAUAGAAACCUUGGAGUAUCAGACAAGAUGUUAAAGUCAGCAAAGAGAGAUGAGGCAAAAUCAAAGGAAAAUGUUCUUGUGAACCUGGAUCAAGUUAGCGAAGAGGAGGAAGAUUAUCCUGAUGAUGCCGCUGAGGAAAAAGAACUUAUGAAAAGGCAAGCCGCUGCUAGGAAACGAGAAACUGACAGAGAGGAGAAAAGGUCCAGGGAAAGAGAAGCUAGGGAGCGAAGAAGUCGCAGCAGUAGCAGAGGGGGAGGGAGCGGAAAACCCAGCAACCAGACGGAGAAGAAGUGUCAGGAGGAUCUGGAAAAGGUGGAUUUAGACAAGCAGGAUCUCGUGACUCUGGAUGAGGUGGGAGAGGAUGAGGUCGGAGAGGAGGGUCUGCCAGAGGCUCCAACGUGGCACAGGGAGAUCAGCGAGGCUGAACUGCUGGAGCUGGUUACCCUGGAUGAGAUCGCUGAGGAAGAGGACGGACAGGUUGAAACCCUGCCUCAGAGUCCGGAAAACCAGCCAGUGGACUCUGUGACGCCAGAGACCUUGUCAGCUUUAACAGAAACGGUCCAAACUGAGGACAAGAAAGAUGACAAUGAGGAAACAAAACAACCUCCAAGCUCUUCUAAACGCAAACAAAGUGACAACACAGAGGAAAGUGGCAACUUUGUGACUGUCGAUGAGCUGGGAGAGGUUGAAAAGGAAGAAAAGGAAACAGUAACAAGAGGUCGACCCAGGAAGAGAAGUCGACAGACUCCUGGUAGAAAAUCUACCAGAGGAAAAGGGGUGAAGGAAGAACAUCAAAGACAAGAAGAAGAAAACAAAUCCCUCCCACCUGCUUCACUUGAUUCCUCCCCGAUUGUGGAAGAAUCCACGCCUGGUCCGUCUGGUGACCAUCAGCCUGAGAGCCAGAACAUAGAUGAGGAAAAUCACUCUGAAGCUGCUUCUGCAGAACCUCAGCCCCUUACUGACGGUCCUGAUGGACAGAAAGCAGAAGGAAUUGAGGAAGUGAAGCAAGAGCACAGCAGACCCAGUGUUAAAGUCGGGGAUAAACGGAAGCAGGAGGUUUCUGGACCUGAAGCCAAGCGUUCACGUUCUCAGUCUCCAGGUGUCCCUGUGGACCUCCAUCUGACGCCUUCUAAUUCCACAGGCCCUUGUGGUCAGGAAUAUGUGGUUCCAAAGUCCGGAUUUUACUGUAAUUUGUGCUCCAUCUUUUACUUUAAUGAGACCACUGCCAUGGAAGUCCACUGCAGCAGCCAGAAACAUUAUGACAACCUGCUGAAACAUAAUCAAAGACUUCAACAGACACCUCAGCUAACGUCAGCUCAAGAUGUGGAAGCUUCCCUCUCUGACUGAGAAGCUUAGACUUCAGAUUACUUUCCUAUUAUGUGAAAACAUUAAAGCUUUACCUAUCACUGGAAUGAGCCAUGAUGGUAUCGAUAUCUCUGAGCUGGAAAAUUGAGAUCCUUAAUUAUUUUUUUUGUCUUAAACUGUUCUGUGUUUCUUAAGUAUUCGUGCCUUCUUGGGUUUAGGUUUUAUAUUUGACAAGAGUUGCAAAUAUAGACUAAUUUUGUUCCUUACAUGUGCAAAUAAUUAUUGACAAUUUAAGUUACACAAACAGAACGUGGGAUAUUUUCUUUUGAUCUAAACUGAUGGCUUUAUUCUACAACUUUAAGAUUUAACUUUUCCACAUUAAUUUGAUGCUCAGAGUAUCAGUAGUUCUUAACUUUUCUGUUGAAAUACUUUCAGCUUUGUUAGCAUAACAUAAAAAUGCAAAAGGUACUUGAUUUGAUGAAGAAAACUGAUAGUAUUCAGUUUCUUAGAGAGAAGUAAUUGUGUUGAGUCCUUUCGUUUUGUUCAUACGGUCGAUUUUCUCUUUAAUGGAGGGUCCAAUGUCUUGUUUCACUAAUUUCUUUACAUUUAAAAUUUAUAGUUUCAGCUAAGGAAAUCCAUGUUUAUGUAUUUAGCAGACGCUUUUAUACAAAGCGUUUUGUUUUGUUUUUUUGUUGUCAGUGUGAGAUAAAGUAAAGGUUUAAACACGUUAAACAUUUUGUUUGUUUUGUUGAUGACGGAGAUUAUUUAAAAGUGGUGGGAAUGGAUUAAAAUGGGUCUAAAAUGUCAUCAGUGUGUGUAAAAAAACAAAAACAUAGGUUUGUCUUUACUGGCGCUAUGCAUAUCUUUCCUUUAAAGUUACUUCUUAUAUGUAGUGGGAGUUAUUUAUUUUUGCUACUUUUGGAAGAGUUUAAGCCUCUAUUAUUCCUCAACCCAGAAGACCUUUGUCAAAACUGCGGCAUACGACUGGAGGAAUGCAGUUUCCAAAUGAAACAAUGCUGCAGAUUAUAAGGUGGGGGAGCAAUAUAUCCCUUUCCUUGCAAAUAAAACGUGUAUAAUGGUUGAAUUAAAAAAGAUAUCAAAUAUUACCUGUUGCCUAAAUACUACAUUCAUAUAAAAUAAUUGUAUAACUGCAUCCUGGCUAUUUACUAUUAUA